UCUACAGUGGCUUUCUCGCCAACACCAGCAAGCACGGUUGCGUUAUGAAGUUUAUAAAAUGACACUUGGGGAUAUUUUUGUCAGCACCAUGUAGCUGCUUUUGUCUAGAAAGAUACUGGUCUAGUUGCAGUGAUGAGGCGAGGAGAUCCUCUCCCUCGAGCCUUUCAGGCUCCAGUGGAUGUACAUGCCAGUGCGGAUGGCCAAGUGUACAUGUUCAGACACAGACAAGAAGGACCAGAAGUGUCAUCUGAGGAUGAGGAACUCAAUGUCAUGGAGCUCCGGCCGCGAAGCAGAGACUCGUCCUCACAGGAGAGAGAAAGAGUGGGAGAAAUGCUCUUGUUGGAACGGGACAUCUCACAUGAGGACAAUAUCAACAAACUGGCCCUUCAAUAUGGAUGCAAGGUGGCUGACAUAAAAAAGGUGAACAACCUUUUUCAAGAGCAGGACAUGUAUGCACUGAAGUCCAUCAAAAUCCCUGUAAAGAAGCAUGGCUUGCUAACCGAGGCCAACUCUGAGCUCAGGAACCCCCAGCAAAGACCCUCCAGUGAUGUAGCAUCAUCAGACAGCGCUGAAGCAAACGUCUCGGGAAGACCUCAGGUGCAGGAGUACACCAAUUACCUAAAAGAGGUGGACAGUGACAUUGAGCGUCUGAUUCAAAGCAGAGACCCCUCAGAAGAGGGAUUUUCCAGCGGUUCCAGUGUAUCCAAACGAUGGGGGUGGAGAAGCCAGCGUUUGCGCAGCUACGGUGCAGACUGGGGGAUCCAGUGGUGGAACGCUGUAAUUGCCAUGUUGCUCAUUGGCAUUGUCCUGCCAAUAUUCUAUGUGGUAUAUUUUAAAACUCAAGAUAAUGGUGAAUCAGUAGUGAACAAUAGAGUGAACAACAUCACUGUGCCUACCUCAAACAGUACGGGGUGAGCGUCAGCUCAUUGGACCUCGGGAAUAUAAUAGAAAAUCACCUUGAAAAAAGUAUAACACUUGAAAAUUUGAAAUUUGGUUUGAUGCCUGCAAUUUUCUGUGGUACUUUAAUAAACUUAGUAUUACAAGUUCACAUUAUUAUGGUACAUUCAUUUAAGUGGAUAGAUCAUCCAAAAUAAAAAAAAGGUAACAUUUGGGUUCAAAAGACUUGUAAUAUGACACACCCAAUCCCAAUUUAUUUUGCAUUAAAAGGAUCACAUUAUUUAAAAUUUGUGUUCCACAGAAAAAGAAAGUAACAUGAAUAUGGAGAGACGUGCGGGUGGGUAAAUGAAAACACAAGUUUUUUUGGUGAACUAUCACUUUAAUUUCAUUUGCAUAGUGAAGGUACAUAAAGAGACAAUUCAGCAAAUGAGAAUAUGAGUUUGCAUUACAAACUGGGCGUUGCAUCUGCUUACACUCCACACUCAGAUUGUUGAAACUGUUGUUAUUGGUUUUAUGGGUGCUAUUAUUUAACAGAAUUAUGAAAUGGUUAUAAAAGUUUUUCUUUGUG